CCGCCGGGAGCGAGCGCGGGAUGGGCCGGGCCGGGGAGAGCUGUGCCGGGAUGGGGAAGCUGUACUGGGAUGGGCUGUGCCGUGAGGGGGUAACUGUGCCGGGAUGGGCUGUGCCGGGGGAGCCGCGCCGGGAUGGGCUGUGCCGGGAUGCGCCGUGCGGGGAUCACUGUGCCAGGAUGGGCUGUGCCGGGGGAGCCGCACCGGGAUGGGCUGUGCCGGGAUGGGCCGUGCCGUGCGGGGAUCACUGUGCCAGGAUGGGCUGUGCCGAGGGAGCCGCACCGGGAUGGGCUGUGCCGGGAUGGGCCGUGCCGUGCGGGGAUCACUGUGCCAGGAUGGGCUGUGCCGGGGGAGCCGCACUGGGAUGGGCUGUGCCGGGAUGGGCCGUGCAGGGAUCACUGUGCCAGGAUGGGCUGUGCCGGGGGAGCCGCACCGGGAUGGGCUGUGCCGGGGGAGCCGCACCGGGAUGGGCUGUGCCCGGAUGGGCCGUGCGGGGAUCACUGUGCCAGGAUGGGCUGUGCCGGGGGAGCCGCACCGGGAUGGGCUGUGCCCGGAUGGGCCGUGCGGGGAUCACUGUGCCAGGAUGGGCUGUGCCGUGUGGGACCAUGCGAGGGUAACCGUGCCGGGAUGGCCAUGCUGUGAGGGGCCGUGCCGGGAGGGCUGUCCCCGGCCCCCUGCGGGAGAGCAGCUCCUGCCCGCACGCUUCACCGGAACGCAAGUGCUGCGGAAAGUGUGGUGCUCUACAGCAUGGCCUGUGUGAAGUAGCUGAAAGACAAACGUUUCGGACGCUGUUUGUUUUUCCAGAUGCUGAAAAGACUGUUAAUUAUACAUGAUUGGUGACAUCAGAGAAACUGGAGAAUGCCAGCUAAAAGAUCCCAUGGAUUUGUUUCGUUCUGGGCAAGUUGUAAAAAUAUGUGCCCCUAUGGUCCGCUAUUCAAAGCUGGCUUUCAGAACCUUGGUUAGGAAGUACAGUUGCGAUUUGUGUUACACACCAAUGAUAGUGGCAGCUGAUUUUGUGAGAUCUGCAAAAGCCAGAGACAGCGAAUUCACAACAAACAAAGGUGAUCACCCACUGAUUGUUCAGUUUGCUGCUAAAGAAGCACAGGUUUUGUGUGAUGCUGCCCGUAUUGUCUGUCCUUUUGCAGAUGGAAUAGACCUAAACUGUGGCUGUCCUCAGAGGAUCCAUGAGGACUUAAAAAGAACAGUUGAUUUUUGUCAGAAAGCUGAAGCAGCCGGAGUUUCGUGGAUUACAGUACAUGGGAGAAGUAUAGAAGAAAGGCAUCAACCUGUACAUUAUGAUGCAAUUAAAAUUAUUAAACAAAGCAUGUCUAUACCUGUUGUGGCUAAUGGAGACAUUAAAACUUUAAAAGAUGCUGAAAAUGUUCAUCACUUGACAGAAGCAGAUGGUAUAAUGGUGGCUAGAGGACUCUUGGCAAAUCCAGCUAUGUUUGCAGGAUAUGAAGAGACACCUUUUCAGUGCAUCCAGGACUGGGUUGACAUUGCUCUUGAGCACGGAACUCCUUUUACAUGUUUUCACCACCACUUAAUGUACAUGAUGGAGCGCAUAACUUCAAAACAAGAAAAAAAGGUUUUUAAUGUUUUAUCAAGUACCUCAGCAGUACUGGAUUAUCUGAAUGGCCAUUAUGGUGUGUGGUAAAUGAAAGUAUGUUCUAUUUUGCAAUUGUUGAUAAACUGUAAAAGUUUUGAUUGGGUUUUUACUUUCUAGUCAUAUUUGUAUAUUGUAUUUUCAGCACAGCAAAACAUUAUCAUUUGGAUGAUACUUCAUAUUUUUAUGUCCCCAUUUUUUACUCUAGAGAAUAUUCAAGAUUCUACAAAUGUGGAAUUCGAUUUACAAUGCACUACCACACAGAGGAUUGAUUAUUGUAAAGCCACAGUAAUUUAAUUUUUCAAUAGAUAAUUGCUUACAGCAAUAUGAUUGCAAAACUAAGGCCUUUCUUUCAUUAAACCUCCUAAAAUCAAGACUACUUAUAGAUAAUGACAGUAAUUUCAGACCAAAAGAAUACAUAGAAAUCAACUAUAGAAGUUUCUGCUUUAGAUAACAUUAGAUAACAAAAGCUUAAAUCCCAUCACACUAUCAUUUUUUAAAUUUGAUGUUUCUUGUGCAGCCUAAAACUUUGUAACUUACUUAUAGCUUAGAAAAAUUCGAUACUUCUUACAGCAAAAGAAACACAGAAUAGAUAAACAAUUAUGGAAAGAAGGGAGAAGGAAAAUGAACAGGGAAAGAAGAAAAAAGGAAAAUUAAGAGAUAGUUUAAGUACGAACUUAGCUGAAUCUAAAAAACAAGACUUUUAAGUUCAAUCUAAUUAAAUUCAGUUUUGUUUAUCUACUGUAGAAUAAUUGUAUACAAGAUUAAACUAUCAUCUACCAAGCCAUAACUUUUUAGGUCAUAAAAAAGCUGACAGAUUCUCUCAGUGGGGCUCCCUCAGUCCUUUCUGCCUACUGGCAUGUUGCUUAUCAAAGCAUGACAGCCACUUGGCUUUGAAUCAUUAUAUAGGAGUGAAAUAGUGAAAAUUAGAACAAGAUAAUAACAUCACACACCAGCUGCAAGGGAAAUUUCACAAAACUUUACAGUACAAUUAUUUGUAAUCAAAUAAUUUUUUUCUUUAUAGGUUUACACAGAAAUUUAUACCAAAAAUUGCCGAGUUUUCUGACUGUGAUUGUUCUAUGAAUAUCCAUGUGAAUAGUUCCAAAUUUUGUAAAUAAAUUACUUGGUUUUGUA